AUGCCACUAGCUCAGUCGAACACUCAUAGACCAACGGGUUUAGUGAAGAAGAUUGUUGAAAUUGGUAUUCUUUGUGGGAUUGAAGCAUGUGCUAUAAUUUAUACUCCAGAUAAUCCUCAGCCAGAGGUUUGGCCAUCUGACAGGGGAGUCCAAAGUGUGCUUUCCAAGUUUAGGGGUGUGUCUGAACUGGAGAAAGGAAAAAAAAAGUUGUGUCAAGAGAGCUUUUUGAGGCAGAGGAUCAUCAAAGCCCAAGCACAAUUGAGGAAACUGAGAAAUGAAAUUAGGAAGAAAGAGGUGACCCUUCUCAUGUUUCAAUACCUUAAUGCUAAGAACAAUUUUGACAUUUCUAGAAUGAUCGAUCUAAAUGAUAUCUCCAACUUGAUUGAUCAAAAUUUGGAGAAAAUAGAAAACAUUAUCAAUGGAAGCCAGGCUGAAAAGGUGAAACCAAUUGUCGAAAUCAUGAGUCAAGAAGAGCAAGCACUUUGA